ACAGAGCAUAGAGGGAACGCCUUCUGAUUGGAACGAACAAUGACGGCCUCCUCCGCUGCUGCCAAGUUUAUACCGAGACUGACCUUUCCUGAGUAUAACAUACGACUCUCAGACUUCAAGGGCCAUCAUCAGAAGGCGCUGAACAAAAUGACACAGAUUGCUCCCCAGAUUGACGUCGUGUUUGAAGUACGUGAUGCAAGAGCGCCGGUGAGCUCACGUAACGUGCUACUAGAUCGUCCGUUCUCAAAGGGGAAGAAGGUGAUAUUAUACUCGAAGAAGGAUCUGAGCCGUGUGGAUACAGAACUGCUAAGGAAAUGGCAUGGUGACGAGCCAUUCAUGUUUGUCGAUUGUCGUUCCAAGCGAGAUGCUCAAUACCUGAUUGAAAUUGCAAAGCACAAGUUCAACGAGAUGAACCCAAGGCCGCCACUGGGACUGCGUAUGCUUGUUGCCGGUAUGCCCAACGUUGGUAAGAGUACUCUUGUGAAUACGCUUAGAAACGUUGGUCUGGGUAACUCGAAGAAAGUUGCACGCACAGGUGGGCAACCCGGUGUCACGAGAGCUACGAGUUCCAUUAUCAAAGUUAACGAGGACCCUGAGAUAUACCUCUAUGACACACCGGGUGUCUUCUUGCCAAAGGUUGACAAAACACAAACGAUGAUUGUUAUGAGGCUGAUCGGCGCUGUCAAGCCUAUGGUCGUUGACCCCGUCAUUCAAGCAGACUAUCUCCUGUACUUGAUCAACUUACAAGACUGGACUCUCUAUAAAAAGUAUCUCAAGCACCCUACUAAUGACAUCGAUGAGCUUCUAAGAUCAGUGAGUAAGACCAUUGGCAAGUACAACAAGAGAACAAAGGACUACGACGAGACGGGCACGGCGAUCCAUUGGGUUGACACGUUCAAACAGGGUAAAGCCGGUAAGAUCAGUUUCGAGCUCGAUGCCGUAGUAAGCAAAGGGUUCGAUUUCCAAGAGGCAUGGAAACUCGAGAAGGAGCGUGUCGAUUCCAUGGAUAUUUCGCUAAACAGAACCAAGGAGAAGAGGCCUAUGACACAUAAGGAAUACGUUGCCAGCAAUGCCAAUCAACUGUUCCACGAUGAGCUCUAGCGCAUUGAUCCGUAAUCUCUCUCCGUAUAUAUGAAAAGGCGCGUGGUAAAUAGUGGACAAAAAAGAAACAAACAAGCCAAUUGGAAACAUGGACUCACA